AUGUCUAACAUCUUGGAGAGCAUUCUGAGCAAUCUAUUACAGCCGGACAAUGCCGUCAUCCAGCAGGCUACAGCACAGCUGAAAGAAGCUGUCAAGGACCCAUUGAUUAUACCAGCAUUAUGUGAUGUCAUACGAGGAGCUCAGGACCCACAGAUACGCCAGUUUGCUGCAGUUUUAUUACGCAGACGACUAAGUAAACGGUGGAAGGUUAUGCCUGUAGAGCAGCAACAGAGUGUGAAGCCCCUGCUGUUAGAAGCCAUUCAAAGAGAACCCGAGCACAAGGUCCGCCAUGCUCUUGCACAGCUGUGUGCAGUGGUCCUUAGGAAUGAAAAGUUGGAGCUCUGGCCAGAAUUCAUCCAGUUUGUGCUACAGGCAUCUCACAGUAACAUCCCAGAGCAGAGACAGGUUGGACUCUUGGUUCUCCGCUGUGCUCUUGAUCUCAGUGCUGAAAUUUUCCAUCCUCACUUCUCAGAUUUGAUUAAACUUUUUAAUCGAACCUUGUGUGAUCUUCAGAAUGGACCAUCGCUCUUUUACACUGUGCAGUCUCUUACCAGCAUCGUGCCUGAGUUUGUUGGUAAUGAAACAAACCAGCUGAGGCCUUUGAUUCCUAAAUUAGUAACCGCUAUCAAGCAGUUGAUACAAAUCAACGAGGUUCAAGCUUGUGAAGCAAUGGAAGUCUUUGAUGAACUGAUGGAAAGUGAAGUGUCUGUUAUUGUUCAUUGCUUAGCAGAGGUCAUUCACUUCUGUCUUGAGAUCGCUGUGAACAAGUCUCUUUCUGAUGAUCUCCGUGUAAAGGCACUUUACUGCAUCCGCUUCCUCAUUAAACUCAAAAGCAAGACCAUCUUGAAGCAGAAGUUGCUGCCUCAGAUUCUCAAUGCAGCAUGCAGUGUUCCCCAUCAUGUGUGCUGAGCCUCCUCCUGGGCAAUUAGACCCUGAAGACCAGGAAGAUGAGGAUGAGUUAUUGGAAGAUCAGGCUGAGGUGCAGUUACCAAACACUAUUGCAGUCCAGGUCAUUGAUAUCCUGGCCCUUCAUCUGCCUCCGAGAAAUUGUUUUCUCAAACUGACCCCACUCAUGGAGCCUUGUCUCCUUAGCAAAAAUCCUUAUGAGCGGAAAGCUGGGCUAAUGUGUCUUGCCGUUCUCAGUGAGGGUUUUGUGCGGAUCACAUUCGGAACAAGAACCUUUUUUUUCAGUCUAUGUUGCAAUUUGGUUUGUUUUUUUUUAUCUUUCAGUUGAUUUGCCAUGUUCAUUGUUCUUUUUUCCAAGGAGAAUUUUUUAUUUUCUUGCGACUGGUUUCUGAACAUUUCUUACUAGGUAAAGUGCAUAGUUCCUGGAGUAUUUGUCACGUGUGGAUCCUUCUCAUACGUCUCACCUCACCAAGGCUUAUUUCGCCCUUGAGAACUUCGUGGAGAACCUUGGAAGUAGGAUUGAACCAUACCUUCCCACUCUCAUGGAGCGAAUAUUGGGGUGUAUGAGCAACUCCAGUAGCCCCAAGUUAAAAGAAUUAUCAAUAAGUGCUCUAGGAGCUAUUGCCAGUGGUGCAGAAGAAUUGCUAAGGCCAUAUUUCUCACCUGUAAUGGAAGUACUGAAAGUCCAUUUAAUGCAGACAGGAGAAGAGGGGAGACCUGUACAGCUUCAAUGUUUGGAAACCCUUGCUGUCCUGGUCUACUCACUGGGGAAGGAAUCUUUCUUACCUUUGGCUGAAGAUUGUUGUCUCCUAGGACUCAAUUUGUGUGACAGAAUUGAUGAUCCAAGUACGAGAAGUUGUGCCUACCACUUGUUUGGAGCUAUCUCAGAAGUUAUGGAAGAUAAUAUUUCUCAUCACCUUGAGAAAAUGACAACCAUGAUGAUCCUGUCCCUAAAAUCAAGAGAAGGAAUAGUGCUGCAUUACAAUGAGAAUCACUCAUUCAUGUUGUUUGAUGACGAGGCUGAUGAAGAAGAUGCUAUAAUUCAAGACGAAGAGGAAGAAGAAGAUCCUGAUGUUGAGGGGUUCAGUGUAGAAAAUGCUUAUGUGGAUGAGAAGGAAGAGGCAUGCAGCUCGCUUGGUGUGAUUGCACUAAAUGCCAGCUCUUCAUUUUUCCCUUAUCUUGACUCAUGCUUCCAGGAAGUAUUUAAACAUAUAGAGUCCCCGCAUUCUAGCGUCCGUAAGGCAGCUUAUGAGGCUUUGGGAAAAUUUGCACGUUCCAUGAAUCUGGUGUGCCAGAAGAACCCUAAUGAAUCCAAUGCUGCAGCGCUGCUUCUUCUCUUGGAUGUUCUCAUCCCUGCCUGUCUGCACGGGGCAGUACAUGAUAAAGAGCGUGAAGUGGUAAUGAUUGUUCUAGAGUCUUUGAACAAUUUACUAAAAGAUGUGAAGGACCCAUGUGUGAGAGGACCCGAACAGCUGGAGAAACUGUGUGCUGUCAUCAAGGCAGUUCUACAGAGCAAGACAGCAUGUCAGGAUCCAGAAGGUGAAGAUGAAGAUGACAAGCAGCAGGCAGAACUGGAUGCCAUGCUGGUGGAAUGUGCAGGAGAUGGGAUUCCAUUGAUUGCUGCUGCAGUUGGAGGUGCCACAUUUGCUCCAUAUUUUGCUGGUUUUCUUCCAUUACUGCUUAGUAAAAUGAAGCCAAGCUGUUCACCUGCAGAGAAGUCAUUUGGAGGAGGUAUUCUGGCGGAAUCGGUAGUAAGUUUGAGUGAGGCAGUUGUACAGUUUGUGCCCCAGUUACUUCCUGCACUUGUUUCUGGAGCGCAGGACAAAGAUGAUGAAGUUCGCAGUAAUUCUGUGUUUGGACUCGGGGUUCUGGCAGAGCAUGGAGGUGCCUCAAUGCACAAACAUUACCCUAAGUUGCUUUCAGUAUUAUCAUCUAUAAUCGGCUGCGAGGAGAAUGGUCGAGCUCUGGACAAUGUGUGUGGGGCAGUGAGUCGGAUGGUGUUGAGUCAUCCUGGAGGAGUGCCACUGGAGCAGGUAUUUCCUGUGUUACUCCGUUCUCUACCUCUUAAAGAAGAUUUUGAGGAGAACAGUACUGUGUUUAAAUGCAUUGCUUUCCUGUAUGAGAAAAACCCAACUCAGGUUGUCAAACACAUCAGUGACAUUGCAAGAAUAUUCGGUCAUGUUUUGGGGACAAAGGAAAUCCAACCAGACACAGAAAUAGCUCUAGUUAUGAUUUUGAGAAACAUGGCACAGCACUUCCCGCAGGAGUUGCAGAACGCAUUAGAGUCCCUGCCAGCUGAGGCAUCAUCAAAACUUCGCUCCACUCUUGGCUUGGCAUGA